AUGGUGAGUUUCAGCAGGCACGACUGGCCCAUGAUGGUGUGCUGCAAAGGCGGAAACAUGGAAAUAGGGGAAGAGACGUGGGAGAUGGAGGAGUCGAACCUCCUCAUCACUCCGCUUUAUAUCAUUUCCGAUUUCACUGACAGUUCACCAUCACGUCCCGUUAGACGCUUCCUCCUAACCCCCCCGUACCCCAUCAUGUCGCGAAGCCUCAGUGGCAGCAACAGCUGA